AGCUGGUUGCCAGUUAAGAGUUGAGUUUCAUUCAGAUCUCUAGCGCGUGCGGUGCGAAUUAUCAAGUGGUGCGGAUAUGACAGCGGAAACGAAUACGGGUCCCAUGAUUGGGCAGCGCCAUCUGCAGGCUUUCCUGCUCUUCCUGUCCAUUGUGGUCAACUACAUGGCCAAGUUCAAUGCUGGAGUGGCUGUGGUGGCCAUGACGAAUGCCGAGAGUACCAAUCCGAACUUUCCAGAAUACGAUUGGAAUGAAAUGGAGCGCUCCUACAUCCUGUCCAGCUUCUUUUGGGGCUACAUACUGACUCAAUUUCUAGGAGGCUGGCUGUGCAGGCGCUAUGGAGCAAGGAUUACCAUGUUUGUGUCCACAAUUGGUUCGGCUCUGUUGGCCCUGCUGCCGCCUUGGUGCGUAUCCUGGGGCGGCUGGCAAGCUUAUUGCGCCAUCCGAAUGGCAAUGGGCUUAUUCCAGGGCUUUCUUUUCCCCUGCAUCCAUGCCCAUCUGGCCAACUGGUGUCCGGUAAAUGAAAGGAAUCGUCUAGGGGCUUUGGCCAACACAGGUAUAGACUGCGGCACCCUGGUGGCCAUGUUUGCCAGUGGACUGUUGGCUGCCUCCAGCAUCGGUUGGCCCGGGAUCUUCUAUGUGUCGAGUGGCGUGGGCAUCUUCUGGUGCAUCAUUUGGCUGAUCUUUGGAGCCAAUACGCCAAGGGAGUCAAAGCUGAUCAGCGAAGCGGAACUCAACUACAUUGAGACCUCGAUCAACUCCAGCCGCAAGGCCGAAGAGGCGGAACAGAAGGCCAAUGGACCCAUCCCAGUGCCCUGGAAGGCCAUCUGGACAUCGGUUCCCUUCUGGGCUCUGAUGAUCACCAGGUGCUGCCAGUCAUGGGGCUACUCGACCCUCCAGACCGAGAUGCCCGCCUACAUGAAUGGUGUCCUGCUGAUGGACAUGAAGAGCAAUGCCAUCUACUCGGCCCUGCCCUACUUCACCUCCUGGAUGAUGGCCUUUGUCUACCUGAUCAUUGCCGAUAUCCUGCUGACCAGGGGCGUCAUGUCCAUCACUGGCAUUCGCAAAACCGUAAACUCGAUAGCGUUCUUUGUGCCUGCGAUUGCCCUGAUCGGCGUUAGCUUCCUGGACAGUGACCAGAAGACCCUGGCCGUGGUCCUUAUGUGUGCCAAUGUGGGAAUCAAUGCGGGCUCAACGAUUGGCAGCACAAUAAACACCAUCGACUUGUCGCCGAAUCAUGCGGGAAUACUCAUGGGCAUCAUAAAUACGGCGGCCAAUGUGAUACCCAUUCUGACGCCCCUCCUCGUGGGGCUUAUCGUCAAGGAUGAUCACGAUCGGACUCAAUGGCAAAUCGUAUUCAUCAUUGCGGCCGUCAUCUUCUUUGUGGGAAACAUCAUUUACCUGAUCUUCGGUAAAAUGGUUAAUCAACCCUGGGAUGCACCUGACUUUUUGGAUAGCCAACGUUCACUCAAUCUUCAGGAGCAAGGAGUAGGUGCCAAGGCUCUGGAGGCAAGGAUAAGCGAAGAGUUGCAAGAAGCCAAGCGAAAAGAGAGUGAAGCCGGUCUGGAGAGCACGGAAGAGCAUCUUUAGGGAGAUGUAACUCGAAAAUACCAUUAAAAUUAACUCACGGCUGGUCCGGGACUCUUUGUUUUACAAAAGUCUUUGUUAAAAUAGUUGUAAGGUUAUAUAUGUAAGUCUAAUCUUUUCCCAAUGAAUAAUCUAAGAUGUAAAUAAAUUAGGAAAUAUCAACUGAUUA